CCUCCAGUCAUCUCCUGUUCCUUUGUGGCUCUCUCUUUUCUUGGGACAACCCAAUCUAUCGAGCCAGUCACGUGCGUGGAUCCAAUUAAAAUUUAAAGCUAUUUCAGUCAUCAUCAACGGGAUAUCUCUUCCCAUGAUGCAUCACCGAGAGUGAAGGGAAGAUGCGCUCCUCUCCACCUCCCACACCCACAGACGGUCAUUCUAAUACGUACCGGUUAAUACAUGGAUAUGCAGCGCUAAGGAUAAACUGUAACAAAGGGUCCGGAUGGUAUAUAAACUCGUCCGUGGAUCAUCUUCUCAGUUCGCUUCGCGUCUUCGCUCAUAACAGCAAUAUGAAUUACCAUCAGUUAAUGAAAGCGCUAUUGGUGCUAUCGUGUCUCGCUAGCAAUGCACUUGCUGGAUUGCUGCCGGGUGGCAGCGCCGGUGGAAGUGGUUACCAAUACAACAGACCAGGUGGAGGUGGUUUCGGUGGCCCUGGAGGAUUGCCCGGAGACUUGAGCGGUGGAAGAGGCGGUGAUUUUGGAGGAAGUUUGAGAGGAAGGCCAAACGCGUUGUACGGUGCACCGGGAGCUGGGGGUGACGGUGGAUUCGGUGGACGCCCCUCCACUGCUUAUGGAGCUCCUGGACAAUUUGGAGGUGGCGGUGGCGGUGGUGGAUACCAAGGUGGUUCAGGCGGUGGUUACGGUGGCGACAAUGGAAGACCUCAACCCUAUAGUUUCCAAUAUGAAGUAUAUGAUCCCCCAAGUGGCAAUGAUUAUUCUCAAAGGGAGAGCAGUGAUGGCAAUGUGGUUCAAGGAGAAUACAGAGUGCUGUUACCUGAUUCGAGGACACAAAUUGUAAAAUACAUGGCUGAUGAUGCGAAUGGUUACACCGCUGAUGUACAGUAUGAAGGACAGGCCCAAUUUUCUCGAGGAGGAGCCGGAGGUGGUGGGUACCCAGGUGGGGCUGGUGGGUAUCCAGGUGGGGCUGGUGGGUACCAAGGAGGCGCAGGAGGCGCAGGAGGCGCAGGAGGCUAUCAAGGUGGUGCAGGUAGAGGCGUCUAUGGAGCUCCUGCUGAUGCAGGAAGCAAUCAAUAUUUACCACCCCGUAACAAUUAUCGGAAAUAAUCGGCUACAUCACGCAUCGUCAUCAAAACCUGACAUAUCUCCCUGAUGUUGGGCGACAACCGUCACGGACCUCCCUCGUUUAUACAGCUCUUUUUUUUUUUUUUUACUUUUUUACCA